GAUGCUUAACUGACUGAGCCACCCAAGCGCCCCCAUUCUAGUUUAAAUUUAUACCAGUUCGACAUCAACAACACACAAAACCCUGCUGCUUUACGGCUCUGUCCUCAUCCCGUUUGGUGGCUAGUGUCACAGAAUUACAUCUUUAUGCAUGUGUGCCAAGGGGAGUGGGUGGGGCACAGAUAGCUGCUACUGUGCCAAGAGCUAAAAAUGACCAAAGUUAACUGCAACUGAUCAUCCAAGGCUUCCCCUGACCGUUGCAGGGCCUUCAGUAGACUCCAGAGUUCUGGAAUAGUUAGGUCAGACAGAUUCUGUCGGUACAAUUGUUGCCUGGAUAGGGAGAGAGAUUUCUGGUGCUUUCCAUGGUAAUCUCUUCCCAGACUCUCAGUGGUGUUUUCUUUUAUAAAAACUUCUUUCUGGAGAGUGGAACCUACAAUAAUUGAGGCCCUUCUUGCUAAGGACAUCUCUAAUACAAGAGACAAUUUUGCAUCCCCUUUUCAUUAAAAAUCUGUACCUAGAUAAAAUUUCCAAUCUGAUCCCAAAUCCAUUGUGGAUGGUCACACGAAACUCCUUAUAUUGUCUCCACCAUCACCCACAGCCCCCCUGUUGGCAUUUAUCCUCUGAAGAAUGAAGUUCUGUUGUGCUUAUUUCAUGCAAAUUAUCACCGGCAGAAGAGAGGAGGAAGAUUUCCAGAUAGAGAGACCCACAAGAUAACCCCAGAGUCGUUAGACACAGGAGCAGAUGUACAGGGCGUGCCUGACUCAUACUCAAGGUUGCAUAAGAAACAUUAUUUCCUUCUUCUGCACACCAAGUUUCUACCUCCAGAUCUCUUUGGUUCAGUUGCUGGGAAGCCUGACGCUCCAGGGCCACUUGGGAGAAGCCAUCCACUGGGCGGAGGAAGAUGGGCGACAACGACACGCUUGCCCUGUUCAGCUACCCCAUGCUGUCCACACCCCAGUCUCUGUUCACAACCGGCAACCAGGGGGGCCACGAGGAACCCACCACCAAUUACGACUAUGAUUACAGCGCACCGUGCCAGAAAACCGACGUGAGGCAAAUCGCAGCCAGGCUCCUGCCUCCGCUCUACUCACUCGUGUUCAUUUCCGGCUUCGUGGGCAACCUGCUGGUCGUCCUCAUCCUCAUCAACUGCAAAAAGCUGAGGGGCAUGACUGACGUCUACCUGCUGAACCUGGCCAUCUCCGACCUGCUCUUCCUUUUCACCCUCCCCUUCUGGGCCCACUAUGCCGCCAACGGGUGGGUCUUCGGGGAUGGGAUGUGUAAGACGGUCACCGGGCUCUAUCACGUCGGGUACUUUGGCGGAAACUUCUUCAUCAUCCUCCUGACCGUCGAUAGGUACCUGGCUAUCGUCCACGCUGUGUUCGCUUUAAAGGCCAGGACGGUCACCUUUGGGGCGGUGACAAGCGCGGUCACCUGGGUGGCGGCCGUGGUCGCCUCUCUGCCGGGGUGCGUCUUUAACAAGUUGCAGUGGGAAGACUCUUUUUACUCCUGCCGCCCUUCUUUCCCACCAGGAUGGAAGACUUUCCACGCAGUCACGAGGAGCGUCUUGGGCCUGGUCCUGCCCCUGCUCGUCAUGAUCAUCUGCUACUCCGCGAUCCUCAGGACCCUGUUCCGGUGUCGGAACGAGAAGAAGAAGCACAGGGCCGUGAAGCUCAUUUUCGUGAUCAUGAUCAUUUACUUUCUCUUCUGGGCCCCCAACAACAUCGUCCUCCUGCUGAGCACCUUCCCGGAAUCCUUUAACGUGAGUGACUGCCAGAGCACCAGUCAGCUGGACCAAGCCACGCAGGUGACGGAGACCCUGGGAAUGACGCACUGUUGCAUCAACCCCAUCAUCUACGCCUUCGUCGGGGAGAAGUUCAGAAGGCAUCUCUCCGUGUUCUUCCGAAAGCACAUCGCCAAGCAUCUCUGCAAACAGUGCCCGGUCUUCUACGGGGAGACCGCGGAUCGAGUGAGUUCCACAUACACGCCUUCCACAGGCGAGCAGGAGGUGUCCGCGGGCUUGUAAACGAGUAACGGUUUGCCUCCGACCGUCAAGGGGGGGGGGGGGGGACGGAAAACUGCAUGUGAUAAAAGGCUCAGG